AUGAACAAGCGGUCUCAAAACGUGCGGAAGCGGACCUACGGAGCCUCGACUUUAUAUGCGGAAGCAUGGAAGGAUGCAACCGGCCACUAUGCAUUUGGUUCUAAUGUGCAGGCUUCUGAAAAAGGAAGGUGGCCUACUCAACGUGGAGUACUAGUGCUACAGCAGUCGCUCUACUCAGAUGGCUGCUCAACCCAAGCAGACCUAUUUUCGGCGGUAACCACCUAUACAUAUUAUCAGCCAAUACAAGGAAACCAAAUUCCGGCGACCCUCCCUGAGAACCAGAUGAGGGGGGGUCUUUUCGCGAGAGUAUCAAAAGGGAGGAAAGACUUUGACCUUGUAUUCAGAAUGAAAAAUCUGGACUUGGGCAGUUAUAUGCCUAAAAUAUAUGAUGCGUUUUGGGAAUACGACCGGUGGUCUCCAACCCAUCAAAGGUGGGGAUAUCAAUCAAUUCUUGUUAUGGAAAACCUACUCGAUAAUGCACAGACGCUACUGAAUCGAUAUAUGGGCGACCGAGAGCAGUUCGGUUCACGGUAUAAGCUAUUCAAUCGUCUGUUUAUGAUGCUGGAACUGGUCUGGGGAUUAGCUCAUGCCCAUUCCCAGGGGCUCUUUCACGGCGAUGUAGCUUUUCAUAAUGUGAUGACGAGGUCUGAAGGAUCCUAUUCAGACGAAUGGGACUGGGUCAUUAUUGACUGGGAGACGGCGACGAUUACUUCUCCAGGAGACGGUAUACGUAGAUACGGUAGCGGAGAUGUCCGCAACGCCGGAAUUUGCCUUCUAGAGGCUGGUGUCCCUAAAAUGUCUGACGAGCUGGGCCCCCAGGCCCGCCUUGGGAAUUGUGAUUCCAUAGAUGAAGUUAUGGAAGUACUAGAGGAGGCGGGCCUUGACACAACACAACACACAGAGUUUUAUACACUUGUGGCCAAAGCCACCUACCAAGAUGGCACUGGUAUAACCAUGGCACAAUUCUACGAUUCUCUCGCGGACCUUCAGGAGAAUGGAAUGGAGGAUCUUCCAUGGAUUGAAUGGAAACCUUGA